UACAUAGCUAAUUACAACUUAGCCAUUUUAACUGAUAUUAAAUCCAUUGAUUAACAACUUCUAACAAGUUCACAUAUUUAACUUUCAGUUUUAGACUAGCCAUGACCAUUUGGCAUAGACUUCUCAUAUGGUCAAUUUUGUGUCUUGGAACACAAGAAACAGAGGCUAAAAUUUCCCGUUCAAUCCAUCCGUUAAUCAAACGAGCGGUUGGACAACAAGCAAGCCUCGGGCAAUGCAUGAACUGUCAAGGAGGGGGGCGCAGUAAUGACCGCUAUUACACUUGCUGCAACAAUUGUGAUGGACUCGACGAUACAUGCCAAGGAAUAGAGUAUAGCAGUGUUAAAAUCGCCAAUAUAAAUAGAGAUUUUUGCGAUGUAUGUGGAACAGACGGUUCUCGCGGAGAUGCUUUGAUUUGUGACACUGUUAGCACAUACGAUUGUGCUGGGUGUAAUGGACAAACUGAAGUGAGAUCGGCGUGUGACAGUGUCUGGUUGAAUACACCAGAUAAUUGUUGGGCUUGGCAGCAAUGUUUCACAUUGCUGUGUAAACAGGCACCUCGCAAUCCAGCCUUCAACAGUGGAACGGGGAAGCGUUCUAUUGAUGAAGGAAAGUUGAUGUCACAAAGGGCAAUUCUGGAUAAUGAUCUCCUAAUCCCUCCCUCGUUUUGCGGUGAUGCAACAUGCAACGGACUUGAAACAUUCGAUUCCUGUCCACUAGAUUGCUGUUCAGUAAAAAAUCCGAUACAAUGUUCUUGGACGGACUUUACGUCAUGCCUUCCAAAAUGUUGCAGUGAAAGCACUUGCUGUGAGACCGAAAUUAUACGCGAUCCCCACUUCCUUCAACCUGACUCGGAUCUUGAUAUUCCUCUUUGCUACAACUUAAUCACAAAGGAAAAGGUGUCUCAGAUCCUACUGGUUGACAGUGUAAAUAGAUUGGAUCUACGUGUUGAAUACGAUACUCUUGGACGUAGGGGACAAGGGAUAUGGGUCGGUAGUGUAUUGGUAAAGAAUACUGACAAUGACAGUGUUCGUGUGACAACAUCCUCCAUUCUUGUCAAAGUGAAUGGUAGGAGAAGGGGCAACUUUGCGUGGCCUACUAAUGAAGCUGGUAUCCGUGAGAAAUAUGGAGAAUGGAACGUGAACAUCUACCCAACACAUAUGGAGGUUAAGACAGGAGACUUCAUCAUUAAGGUUCGCUACAACAGUACACGUGACAGAGGCCUUAACUUAGGAAUCAUUAACAGAGUGCAAACAGGAUCAAACCCCGCUGGAUUUCUAAGUAUUGUCAACAGAGAGAUAACUGGUGUCAUCAAUGUGUCACGUGACCCAAUAACUGGCACCACGAGUGGAGAUCUCACCGUGAGAGAUGGACGACGAAUAGCCGUGAAGCAAACAUUUAGAGCACAUACACUCUGUUGGGAGCUGACUGGUGACGUGCAAGAACAGUUGCUCACUGUGUCGGAGAGAAAUCAACUGACUCCUUUUUGUCUUGGGUGUGACUUUUGAGAUUAAAAUCAGACCUUAAAACAACAAUUCAUAUAUUAUUGAUACCUUGUUUGGACCGAAAUGAUGAAGCACACGUUUGUCCUUUAUCUUGCAAUAGACUAUUAUUAUAUAUUAUAUGAAUUAUAAACUUAACUUAUUUGAAUAUUUAACAUUUCAUUGUACAAUUGUAAUCAGCUGCAAUAGGAAAAUCAGAUCAUUUAUUUUUUAUUGUAAGUGAAUUUCAGAAAUAAAUCACAGCUCACGAAAAAUGACCAUAUAUUACAAUAAAUACUUUAGAAUGUGAAGCUUUUAUUACAAGUACGUGGGUUAAAACAUCCAGCUUAUUCAAUAAAAUAGUAACA